AUGGAACUGUUUCAUUCCCCAAAUUUUCAGUCGCACGUGGAGGACCUUAUGGUAGAGCACCAUGUACCUGGUCUGGCUAUUGCUAUCGUUCAAAACGAGACAACGGCCUCGGCUGGUUAUGGGAAAUCGUCACUCCAUCCGCCCAGACCAUGCACAGCAGACGCACUUUUUGAUAUUGCCUCCGCUUCAAAGUCCUUGACAGCCGCAUCUGUGGGGCUGCUGGUAAAUGACGAGAAAUAUCCUGAAGUGCAGUGGGAAGCGACUAUGUCAAGCCUCCUACCCGGAGAAUUCGAGAUACCAGGCGUUACUAUCGAGGAUAUACUGAGCCACAGGAGUGGCAUGCCUUCCUACGACGACUCUUAUCUGGGUUUGAGAGCGGCAAAACCAGAUACUGCGCAGUCUGUCACGAGGAACCUGCGCCAUUUGACUUGCUCUGCCCCCGUACGAUCAAAGUACAUCUACUGCAACAUGAUGUACACAGUGGCAACGUAUCUCGUUGAGAAGAAGACCGGACUCUCCUUUUCAGAUUUCCUUGAGCACCAUUUUUUCCGGCCAUUGGACAUGCGAUCGUCCAGUCUGCAGCCCGAGUGUGCAAGAUCCAAAGGCCUCGGCGAUCGCAUUGCUACGGGCUACAACUGGAAGGAAGACAGUAACGAGUACGACGGCGGUUUCCAAAGCCCUGACUGCCCUGAGGCUCAAGGUGCAGGGUCUAUUAUCACAAGUGUGAACGACUAUAUUAAAUGGGUCAAAGCCGUCAUGAACCACCAAGACCCCAUCACUGAGAAUGUAUACAAAGGUCUUCUCAAACAGCGAAUAUCUCAAAACCCGAAUGCUGAAAACUUACGUCCGCGAACUUCACCCACGAUGUAUGGCGCUGGCUGGGAAAUCUUCUAUUACAGAGGUUAUGCGGUUGUUAGCCAUGAUGGUAUGGUACAGGGUUUCGCUUCAACCCAUUUCUUUCUUCCUGACUUCAAGUUUGGUGGCGCUAUUUUCGGAAACUCGUGUGGAGGAGGCGUCGUUGCUACUAUUUUGAUGCGAGAAUUGAUUGACGAGGCCCUGAAAGUGCCGCAUCCUGAACGACCCGACUGGAAUAAAAUCGAAUCCGAGAAUUGUCCGGACGAUGACAUCAGCAUUGAUGACAAGAUCGCGCAGUUGCGUCAGAAAAUGUGUCCUGGAAUCCAAGAGUCUGAGCCCCAGAAAAUGCCACUCUGCGUCUAUACGGGCGAGUACUGGAACCCGGGAUACCAUGGAAUGACUGUUCAGAUCAGAGAUGAUAAGCUUUUUGUCAACGCAGCAGAUAGAUCUUUUGGAUUUACGGUCACAUUUGAUCAUGUCUGCCAGCAAAGUAAGUACAUUGCACACCUUAGUGGCAUCUUGGACGGUGGAGAUGAGCCUCUCCAAGCGGAAUUCAUAUUCAACAACAAUCGAGUUGUACGAAUGGGUCUGUAUCUUGAGGAAGAACUGGAGGAUCUCAUUUGGUUCGACAAGGUAGAAGAACAUAGUGAUUACUUGCGGAAGCAGACCAAUCACUGA